AUUCACCUUCGCGUGUGUUCUUCUCGAAAUUUGUUGCUUCUCUUCUCAGAGAUUCUCAAAAUUCUGUUUGUGAGACUAAGUAAUUAAGCUUCCGUCGCUGAUCUUCAGAACUUAAGAACCAUCAAGCUUCAAUCAAGCCUCUCAAUCCACCGUAUCUUAAGAUAUGGAUGAUGAGGAUGAAUUUAAGACCAGAGUCUACAUUGUUGGAGAGCAUAUGUAUAAAGAAGUUCAUAAAGAUGAAACAAAGGGAUCUCAUGGCAACUGGCCACUUCUCCUCACUUAUGUUCCAAGCUUGGCUCACAUUCCGACUUCUACGCCCUAAAGGCAAAAGAAAAGGAGUU